UCGUGCUCAUGGAGAAAGUUUUUGUUUUUUACAAAAAAAAGUUUGGAGAAGGUUUUCUUCUUUCUCAUCUCUGCAACUGCAAAAAUGGAAGAAUGCGAGAUAAUAGAUUUAUACGAACUUCACUACUCCGACUUAUCAUCAUUAUCAUCAUCUUCAACUAAAGUUGAUUCUAUAAUGGAAGCACUCGGAUCCAACGGUCCCGGCCUCCUCGCCGUCACCGGCAUCCCCAACGUAUCCAACCUCCGCUCCUACCUUCUCCCGCUUGCUCGAAAUCUCUCUCUUCUCGAUCGCCAAACCCGCAAUCGCAUCCUCAAGGAGCAUAACUUAGGUAGUGACGUUUCCUUGAAAAAUCCUCAUAGGAGUGUGUCUUCUUUUGCUAUGCAACUGACUUAUUCGAAAACACAUUCCGAAGAGAAUGAGAAAGAUGAACCUCGAUGUCAUGGUAAUGGAUUCGAGAAUCUAGGAAGUGUUUUUCAAGAGCUGGGAUUUUGCAUGAUGGAGGUUGGACUUUGUCUUGCUAGAAUCUGUGAUAAGGCAAUUGGUGGAAAUGAAUUGGAGCAAAGUUUGUUGGAGUCGCUCGCUGCAAAGGGUCGUCUCAUUCAUUAUCAUUCUCAAUUGGACGCGAUACUCAUUCAAGAGCUUGAUAAUAGCAAGAGGAAGAACAAAAAAGGGGUUAAGAUUAAGAAUAAUAUCAAGCCGUUGGAAGGGUCGUGUUUGAAUUCUGUUGCUUGUGAUGAUGUAGUUCGUUCUGAUUUGUGGCAACAGUGGCAUUAUGAUUACGGGAUAUUUACUGUUUUAACGGCACCGCUUUUUCUUUCUCCGUCUUAUUCGGAGUCGAGUACGAUACAAGAUUCAUGUGGUUGUGUUGAAUGGCCGUCACCAACUGGGCAUACUAAUUUACAGAUAUAUGAUCCGAAUAAGAAAAAGGUCGUUAUGGUUAGGGCUCCUCCUGAAAGUUUUAUUGUUCAGGUUGGGGAAUCAGCUGAUAUAAUCUCAAAAGGGAAGCUAAGAUCGACCCUUCAUUCUGUUUAUAGACCUUUCAAGUUUGAAAAUUUGAGCAGAGAAACUUUUGUUGUGUUUCUGCAGCCUGCGUGGACCAAAACUUUCUCUAUCUCGGAUUAUCCUCUUGGAAAAUCGGCAUUCGAUGGGGUUGAUGGUCAGUGUUUAGCAGUGGAUGAUGAGUUUGAUGACGAAGAACAACAAUCUGGGCAGGAUAAUAACCAAAUGAGUCUGGAAAUUCAGAAAAUAGUUCCCCCACUUUCGUCACGGUUAAAGGAUGGGAUGACUUUUGCCGACUUCUCACGCGAAACUACAAAGCAGUAUUAUGGUGGUAAUGGUUUGCAAUCAAAUAGAUGACUCGUAACUCGUUUGGAUUCACAAUGCAACAGUAUUAUAGUGGUAAUGGUUUGUGGAGCGACAAAUACUAGCCGUUAGGUGGAUAUCCCGCCGUAAUUCGAAACAAAUGCCAGUUCCCUGCUAGCCUUGUUUCAAAGCAAUAGACUUAAAAAGCUAACCUUGCUGAUUAUGCAUUUCAGUAUCUUUUUUCCUUUGAAUAGUAACCAUAUUUUUGAAAGGUGAAUUAGAUAAUAUUGAAUUUGUUGACCAGUUUGAAUUAACACUGCAAAACAUUUCUUUUU